GCCAAGUAAAAAAACAUGGUAAAAUUAGCGAAGUAGAAACUUUGCUUAAAAAAGUCUUUGGUUCAGAUGGUAAGGUUAAAUCUGCCUUUAUUGAGGAAAUCAAAAAAUCAGAUGCUACUCUCACAAACUUAAAAUCUCUCCUCCAAAAAGAACCCAAAGACAUUAUUACUUAUAUUGCCCGCUUUACUUAUAACCAACUACCUGACACGGGAGAGGAAAAAAACAAGCAAAAGACCCAAAUGAAACGAAGAAUUGCCAAGAAGUUGAAUAAGACUAAAGAAAGCGAACUUAAAGAUGAGGAAUUGAAUGAUAGUCUCUACAAAAUAGAAAUAGAAGAAUUAACUAUUGAUAAUAAAUUCUAUACCGCGGAUUUAAAAGAGAUAACAACCACCCAAAACCCGGAAAAUGAUGAACAAAAAUCCAGCUGGAAGGCUUGA